AUGGCUUAUGUUUAUUACCCUGUGAUGAUGGCGAUGAUGGUAAGUCCUGGAGCUAAUUACUACAAAGAUUGUGGUUCAAGAACGGGGGCUAUCGAAAGUCUCACAAUAUCAGGAUGCUUAGAUUCAUUGAAUGUGUGUACUUUAAGAAGAGGAAGUACAGCAGAUAUUGCAAUCCAAUUUAAGUCAGCUACAGAUUCUAAUACAGUGACAGCUUCCGUGAUGGGGCAGUUAUAUGGAGUGGAAAUACCCUUUCCGUUAGACAACAUGGAUGGUUGCCAAAGUGGAGUGACUUGCCCAAUCAUAAUUGGUCAAUCUUAUACUUACCAGAAAUCCAUACAAAUACAAAGUUAUUACCCACCAACUAACGUCAAUGUGAAGUUUCAGUUAAAAGAUGACAAUAGUAAUAAUAUUGUGUGUGCUUUGAUAACUGCUAAAGUUGUGUAA